AAAAAGCAAACAAUUGAAAUUUUUGGUGGAAUAUUCUUUCUUUUUUUAUAGAAAUAAUGUACAAAUUUUAAAAAUUGUACAUUGAAAAUUAUAUAGAAAACUGAAAAAGUAAAAAAAGCUUUCAUUAAAAAUGAAUACACAAUUUCAUACACCAUCAUUUGGUGAUGAACUUUUUGAUAUGGGCGAUGCUUCAUCCAACUCCACUCCCACAGCGAAUUUUUUGGGAGGACAUGGAGUAAAUACUGCUACGUAUAUGUAUCAACAACAACAGCAUACACCAACAACGACAAAACGUAUGAUUAGUCUUCAUAAUACGUCAGAUGAAUACCAUACGGCUAAUGAAGAAUCAUUUAACGUAACGGCAAAUAAUUCAAUGAACAAUUCAGUGCUACAAACGAAUAUCAAUAACUUAAACAAUGUUCUGCCUGGCGGGACAACUGGAGGAGGAGGAGGUGUUGUAACACCUUCGCCCACUACCGGGCCAACAACUAUGGCUGCUCGCAAGCAAAUGGUUCCAUCAGAUCAAAAUGAACCUGCCAAACCUUUGUCCGCAUAUGCUCUAUUCUUUCGUGAUACUGUAAGUGCUAUUAAACAACAAAAUCCCUCUUGUUCUUUUCAAGAGCUAUCUAAAAUAGUGGCUUCCAUGUGGGAUGCUUUAGAUCCAGCACACAAAAAUGUCUACAAUAAAAAGAAUGAAACAGCAAAAAUCGAAUAUUUAAAACAAAUGCGUGUCUAUCAACAGCAGCAACAAUUGAAACAAGAACAACUAACAGCAAAUGUUAAUGAAACCGUACAAACUGAGGCCAAUGUGCAACAACAAACAACAACAACGGUACAACAAAUGACGCCAACACCAGCCGUAGUAAAUAAUCUAAACAAUCAACAAAAUACCGAAGUAAUUAAUAACAAUAAUACAGCCGUAACGGCCACAAAUGCUACAGCAAAUUCAGGAGCACCUUCCGAAGAACAAAUGCGUUUAUUAACAGAAGCUGGUGCGGUACAAAAGUGUACACGUGAAAAUUGUAAUAAACGUGCCAUCAUUAAUCCCGACUGGGAAGAUGAGUAUUGUAGUAAUGAAUGUGUAGUAAUACAUUGUCGUAAUGUGUUUAAUGCUUGGGUACAAUCCAAUUUAGAGGCUAAACAGCAACAACAACAGCAGCAACAGCAACAAACAACAACGCCGCAAACUACUACAACCUAAACUAUUUAUCUUUUUUUUAUUUAUUUUAAUUUCUUUUCAGUUUUAAUUUUGUUUCUUUUAUGUAAAAGCUUAUUUACAAAUUAAAUUGUAAAACAUUUUUACUAUAUAUUUAAGAAAUAAUU